AUGAACAUGAUGACCAGCACCACCACCAUGACCAUGAUGACCACCACAAACAUGGGCACCAUGACCAACACAAACACCAACAUGACCAUGAUGAACUACACCACCACAAGCACCACCAUGACCAUGAUGACCAUCACCACCACCAUGACCAUGAUGACCACCACAAACAUGGGCAUCACGACAAACACAAGCACCACCAUGACCAUGAUGACCAACACCACCAUCACCUCCACCUUGACCAUCAUAACCAUGAUGGCCAACACCACCACAAGCACCAAAAUCACCAGCACCACCACCAUGAUCAUCAUGAUCAUGAUGACCAACACCACCAUGAAGAUCACCAUGACCACGAUGGCCAACACCACCACAAAUACCAUCAUGACCACCAAAAACAUAAGCACCACCAUGACCAUGAUGACCAACACAACCACCACAAAGACCACCAUGACCAUCAUGACCACCACAAACAGAAGCACUACCAUGACCAUGAUGGCCACCACCACAAAGACCACCAUGACCAUGAUGACCACCACCACAACAAAGAUCACCAUGACCAUGAUCACCUGCACCAACAUAAAGACCACCAUGACCAUGAUGACCAACACCACCACAAGCACCACCAUGACCAUGAUGACCAACACCACCAUAAAGACCACCAUGACCAUGAUGGCCAACACCACCACCAUGACCAUGAUGACCACCACAAACAUGGGCACCACGACCAACACAAACACAAGCACCACCAUGACCAUGAUGACCAACACCACCAGAAGCACCACCAUGACCAUGAUGACCAACACCACCAUAAAGACCACCAUGACCAUGAUGGCCAACACCAACACCAUGACCAUGAUGACCACCACAAACAUGGGAACCACGACCAACACAAACAUGGGCACCACCAUGACCAUGAUGAACAACACCACCACAAGCACCACCAUGACCAUGAUGACCAACACCACCACCAUGACCAUGACGACCACCACAAACAUGACAAUGAUGACCAUCACCACCACAAAGACCACCAUGACCAUGAUGACCAACACCACCACAAAGAACACCAUGACCAUGAUGACCAACACCACCACAAAGACCACCAUGACCAUGAUGACCACCACCACAACAACCACCAUGACAAAGAUGAUCACCACCACCACAAAGACCACCAUGACCAUGAUAACCACCACAAUCAUGGGCAGCACGAACACCAUAAACACAAGCACCACCAUGAACAUGAUGACCAACACCACCACCAUGACCAUGACGACCACCACAAACAUGGACACCACGACCAACAUAAACACAAGCACCACCAUGAGCAUGAUGACCAGCACCACCACCAUGACAAUGAUGACCAUUACCACCACAAAGACCACCAUGACCAUGAUGACCAACACCACCACAAAGAACACCAUGACCAUGAUGACCAACACCACCACAAAGACCACCAUGACCAUGAUGACCACCACCACAACGACCACCAUGACAAAUAUGAUCACCACCACCACAAAGACCACCAUGAUCAUGAUAACCACCACAAUCAUGGGCAGCACGACCACCAUAAACACAAGCACCACCAUGACCAUGAUGGCCAACAUCAUCACAAAGAACACGAUGAACAUGAUGGCCCGCACCACCAAAAAGACCACCAUGACCAUGAUGACCAACACCACCACCAUGACCAUCAUGACCACCAUAAUCAUGGGCAACACGACCAUCACACACACAAGCAUCAUCAUGACCAUGAUGACUCACACCACCACAAAGACCACCAGGACCAUGAUGGCCAACACCACCAUGACCAUAAUGACCACCAAAAACAUGGGCACCACAACCACCACAAACACAAGCACGACCAUGGCCAACAUCACCACAAAGAACAUCAUGAUCGUGAUGGCAAAAACCACCACCAUGACCAUGAUGACCACAACAAACAUGGGCACCAUGACAUCCACAAACACAAGCACCACAACCAUGACGGCCAACACCACCACAAAGACCACCAUGACCAUAAAGACCAACAUCACCAUAAAGACCAUGACCAUGACGGCCAAUACCACCACCAUGACCACAAUGACCACCACAAACAUAAGCACCCCCACAAACAUAAGCACCAGCAUGAUCAUGAUGACAAUGAUGGUGAUCAUGACCACCACAAAUACAAGCACCAUCGUGAUCAUGAUUGCCAAUACCACCUCAAAGACCACCAUGACCAUUAUGACCACCACAAACAUAAGCACCACCACAGACAUAAGUACCAGUAUGACCAUGAUGACAACCACCAUUAUUAGCACCAACACAACCAUCAUGACAAGCAGAACCACAAAGAUGAUCACUACAACUAUCACAAACACAAGCACCAUCAUGACCAUGAUGACAAACAUCAUCAUGACCACCAGUAACACAAAUAUGAUGACCAUACAGAUGAUCUCCAUGACCAUCAAAAACAGAAACACCACCAUGACAAUGAUUACAAACAUCUUCAUGACCAUCACGACCAGCAGAACCUCAAAGAUAAUAACCCUUACCAUCACAAGUACAAGCACCACCAAGACCAUGAUGAUAUUCACCAUCAUGACCACCAGAAACAUGAUGAUCCCCACAAAGAUUAAGACCAUGACCAUCACAAACACAAGCACCUCCAAGACCAUGAUGAUAAACAACAACAUGAGCACUGAUACAACCAUCGUGACCACCAGAAUAAUGAAGAUGACCACCAUGGCAAACAAGACCAGCACAUCCAUAAUGACGAUCACCAUGACCACCACAAUAACCAACAUCAGCAUAAUCAUCACCACCAUGAACAUCACAAUCAUAAAAAUGACCACCACCAUGAACAAUAUAAAUAUGAGCACCAUCACGAUCACCACCAGCAUGAUCACCAAAGCCACUAUGACCAUGAUCACCAAUACCACCACGAUCAUGAGCACAAACACGAGCACCAUACGCACCGCAUUCACAAAGAUGAUAACCUCUACUGUCACCAACAUGACCACAAACAUGACUACCAUGAUGAUGGCCAUCACAUCUACCAUUACUAUGACAAUGAUUACAAUGUUCAUGACCACCAUGAUGAUCACUAAUGUGCCCAGGACUACUACCGUGAAUCCGACAACCAUGACCACAACCAUCACCAACAAAAUGAACACCAAAAUCAUGGUCAUGACCAUCAACACCACCAUGACCAUUGCCCUACACAUCACAGUAAUUAGAUGA